UCUGAGCGACAUCAUUCCAAGUUGACACAAGCAUCUGGAAGUGAGAAUAGUACUAUCAUAUAGUUUUACUCGAAGUAUUAUGAGGGUUCUCGUUCUUUUUUGCGUUCUUGCUACCGUUACCUACGUCUCAGGCGCAAUUAUUCCGGAUGUGAUCUACGAUGGUCCAAUUUACGAACUAAGAGAAAUUGAAGGCACUAAUGACGAAGCGACAGAGACAGUGGGGGAUGAUUCGAUUGAUCUGGCAUCACUUCGACAUCGCAGAGUAACGUGCGACGUUUCAUCAUUUCAAUCAAAAUGGUUGAACGUUAAUUUUCAUUCUGCCUGUACUGUCAGUUGCUUGGCGCAACGUCGUAAAGGUGGUUCCUGUCGAAACGGCGUUUGCAUUUGCCAUAAAUAAAAUAUUCGACAAUCAAUACGAAGAAUUCAGUAUUAUAAAUAUUUUAUUUUUGAUCUCUUUACUUUUAUAUUAUACGUUUCAUAUUAUUUCGUAUACAUUAUAAUAUGAAAUUUUUAUAUAUUUCAUACGUUUUAUAAUUUGUUGAUUUGGAUUUUAUAAUUUGUGAAUGAUAUCAUUUUUUAAGUGAUAAUUCAACGAACACACUGCAGUUGUACUUGAAUGUUGCAAUUGAAUAAAUCAGGCAAUAUGAAGAGUU